UGUGUUUGGUCUCUUCAUCAACAUGGUCUGCGUUUCUAGCAGCAGUAUUUACGACUCCAUUUUCUGGGAUCCUCAGAAUCCUUUGUAAGUAGAGAUUUGUUUUGUGUAUUCACGUAAAUAUCCUGCGACGGUUUAAGCACGGUCUGUCUCAUUCAUUGUAAACGCGACAGUAUUGCCCAAGCUUUAAUUCAUAGGUUUCCUCCCGAACAGAAUUCAUUCUCAACUCUGCGUAAAAGCAUGUUUGCUUUGAUCUUCAACCAUUUUAAUUAAAUUUCUCGAACGAAAUGUUCAGUCAGUGCUCUUGACUAAAAUGUUUCAAGGUUAUUGAUUCCAUGUUGUUACAAAAGUGGAUUUAUCAAGCUAUUAAAAUCAGGCUAAAUAAAAUGAUAUUCAAUAUUUAAAAAAGUGUCAUGUUCUUAGAAACUGAGAAGAAUAAUUCACGUCCAAACGCGUUCACUUUGGGGCAAGCUUAAGCUUACAAAAUAGUUGCAAAAUAGUUGCAAAAUCUGUCAUGAAGUGAUGUCUCGAACUUUAACAACGAAACUUAGACAUGCACGCAAAAUUAUUAGAGACCUUAAUUGCGGUAUUUUAUUAACCUCAAUGUCCUCAAUCUUCACUGGAUUUUUUUUCUAUUUUUUAUUUGAACUUAUGCUGUUUCCCUAACUCGUUGAACUUUUGAUUUUGAACCAAAAAAGAAAGUAGUGUAUGUAAUAAAAACUGUCUUAAAACAAAGGAAAUACUAUGAGUCAUUAAACGUAUUUACUACUUUAUUUUAUAAGUAGUGACUUAUAAUUUAUUGUCAAUCUAUAUUGGACUUAGUUAACAGUACGGGUUUUUAAAAUUCACCAUGGUGAAAAUCUGUAACAAGCCACCUUUAAAGAAGGACUUACUCAUCAGUCUUAGCCGAGACGAUGCUACCCCUCCGUGAUUUCUACAGGCAUUCUAUUACUCGCCAUGGGAGUCAUACCCUGUGAGGAGGUUGAACAAUGUUGGCAUUCCUGAGUCCCCAGAUGACAACCCGAUAAAAAAUUGAACUCUUGUCAUUCUUGUUGUGUUUGGCCAAUUAGUCAUCCACAAUCAUUGUUGCCUAGAUGAGUACUCUUUAAUCUUACAAAAGUUCAAUUUUUGGUUUGUUAUUGUCCAUUUGAGAGGAUGUUCAGUAUUGGAUUGUAUAUUGCCUAGAAAUCAAUCCUGAUUGUUCAUGCCAGCUACAAUAAUAAGUCAGUAUUGAUUGGGUGUGCAGGUUAAUUGCCCAGAACCUCCUCACUUGAAAUAAUUACCUAAAUUUUCUUUCAAAAAUCAUUAAUUUGUGCUAUUGUGUAGUCAUGUUUGAAUUUUUUCCAUUAUUUUUAUAAACUUUAUUUGAACACUCAUGUAUAUCUGCUUGUCGCUUGACAGUAGUGCUCUUAUGAUGGUGAUAUUGUGAAAAGGUCGUGAAUUUUAUCUCUGGAAACACUAAAUCCACCCCAACCACAAAGAAAGCUAAUAUAUGAACUUAAUAAUAUUGUUGUAGUUCCUAGGUUGAAACAACUAAAAUCUGGCUUUGGGUAAAUGUGAAUGGAAUUAUUGCAGUUCUACAGCUGUAGUAUAUCAUUACUUACAUUCCUUGUAGGUCAACUCAAGAAUAGAACUUGGAAGUUAAUUAUUCAUGAAUGUUUUUUGUAAGGUCUACAUGUAAAAUUAUGUAAUCACAGUGAUUGAUUUUAUUCUGGUCAUCUGGUUGGAUGUAGAAAAAAUUGGGGACAUUAUGCAUAAUUCCAGGUUACAUUCUAAAUUAAUAAAAAUCUAUUUACUGUACGUGGUAAAUACUGUAUUUGUCACAGUGCAAAUAGGCGGUACUAUAACCAGGGCCACUUAGACAAAGUUGACCGGAAAAUAACAAUACAUUGCAAGAAAGUUGGUUGUGAGCCAAUCAGCAGCUCAUGUUAUUACUCUAGAAUAACAUCAGAAGUUUUAUAGUUCCUGCCCCGCCUGUUUGCACUGUGACAAAUACAGUGCGACGACUAUCACCAGGACCACCCAGACAAAGUUGACCGGAAAAUAAGAAUACGUUAAAAGAAAGUUGAUUGUGAGCCAAUCAACAGCUCAUAAAAAAAAAAAAAAAAUUGUUACUCAAAGCACAAAAUUUGAAAAACAUCGAUAUCAUAGCAAAUGUUUUUCAAGAAUGCAAACACCAGACAGUGUUUUUUAUUCAAAACUUUACAUAAUUAUAACACCCAGGAGACAUUUGUUUGACACAAGUUUUUAUUUGUCUUUUACCAACAAAUUAUGUCUUUGCUACAAUUACUGCACUUUGCAAUAACAUUGCGACUUCAAGUCAAAAAUAAAAAAAAAGUUUACAGUUUUAGCCUCCAUCACUGACUCUAAUGGACCUCUCAGGAAACACCGACUUUCUUCAGCGGAUUCAAAAGGUCAUAUCUGUAGGUUGUAAUUGGUUAAUUUUGAUCUAUCUUGUUUAGGAAACAAAGGAAAUUGAGAAUCAACCUAGGUUAAAUCAAAUUUAACAUGAAAUCAAAUAUUUUGCUCUGUAACAUACAUAACAAAUUUUUAUGGAAACUGCUGCUAAUAUGCAGAUAUUUUGUGAUGUGCAUUUGUGAUCCUGUGAAGAAUCUACUCUGAGUGCAAAAAAAGAGCUCCUGUAAGAUAAUAUAGCUGUAAACUGUAGGUUUUGCCUUAAAAGCCUGCAAGAGCAAAAAAGCAUUAUGAUUUACAUUAUUCAAAAGAAGCUGAAACAGACUAUAGCUGGUCCUGUCCCGACUACAUCUGGUCCUGUUAGCAAAGAUUCAGUUCUUAUGGAAACGAAUGCCAACAGAUCACCUUAGGUGUACAUGUAUUUUCUUGCACUUAAUACAAUUUUGGUUUGAAAUGCGUACAUCGUAUACACGACACUUUCCUUAGAUUAUUGUUGAAAGGACACUGUAUUGUUUACAAAAAUAUAUGAGCUGAAGAAUCAGUGCCAGGGUUUUCUCCCAUUUACUGUGAGUGUGACCCUGCCUUCUUGUAUAGGAAACGAAAGGAAAAUAGAAUCAUAUGUUCAAAUAUGUAAGUGAAUAAGUGCACACAAUUCUAGUAGCAGGAGAAAGCCAUAACAUUACAGGAGAAUAUUCUGAAAGAGACUACAUGUCUGAACAAAAAACAGUCACAGGCUAUCAAACUCUAGACGGAGAAUUCUGUGAAGUAAAUGGAGAAUUCUCCGAUCUCUGAUGCCUAAUUAAGACUCUGAGGCCACUACGAAAAAUACCAUAAUGUACUUUGAAUUGGUAUUUAAGUUACUAAGCUGCAUGUGAAGUCUGACUUGUGCAUUACUAUAAUUUUUUUUUUGCACAAUCUGCAAACUUGUGCAAUGGUAGAUUUCCAAAAAUACCAUUGUAAUCUAUAAAGCACUUCCUAAAUGGUAAUUUAAGGAAUAUUAAGGUAUUUUCUAUGGUGGCCUUUUGAGGUUUGAAGUACAGCUGUAGGCUCUAGAUCCUAUACAACCUAUUAACUGAGAGUGAGGUUAUUACAGGGAAAUCUCAGGCCGAGACCUUGAUGUAUUGCCCAAGCGAUAGCGAGGUCAAUUGCAUCUAGCCUGAGGUCUGAGAUUUUCCUGUAAUAUGACUGAACAAACGAGGUUAUUAAGUUAUUAAUGAUUAUGGCCUUUUAAGCACUAUUAAAAUAAAACACUGUAAGUAAUUUUCAACAUACAUUAGCUGUGUUUGCAAGAGAUCGUUUGAAAUGAAGCUGGCUAUGCAUUUGAAACCACAUAGUUUCUUUGAAAAUUAUGGGACAAUUUUGGACCUUAGCCUGCGAUCAUGCAGUUAAAACUAAUAACUGGUCAGCGGAUAACUGUAAUGAAAAGCACAUCACGUCAAUGAGUUGUACACUUGAGCCUGCGAUACUGUACCGUAUUGCAGAUUAUUAGUAAUACAUGUACAUGUUAACACAAAACUGAUUUUUCACUUCAAUCUUUCAAUAGAUUCAGAGACAAGAGCCAAAGUUGUAGCACAGGAUACAUGACUCUUAAAGUCCGACUGCAAUCUAAAGUCUUCUUCAUAUGUCCAAACACAGCCACUGUGUUACAAAAAACUUUAAGAGCACCUCAAUCUGCAACCAUGUAUGAAAACCUUUGGAUUGCUUAUGACAGAAGUGUGUUUGACCAAUGUAAUACAUCAUUAAGCAAUACUAGCAAACUUUUAUUCAGUUGCAAUGAUCCAACAGCAUUGAAAUAUUUUCCUGUGGUAUUUGCCGAAUUUACAGCAGACCCAAAUUCGCUGAAGUUUAAAGAUGGAAAGAAGUAUUAUUUUAUUGGUAAGUGAUAGAAAGUCAAUUUUACAGGACUUAGCGACCCAAAUUAUGGGGUGAAGUUUGUAGGGGGGAAGAAGUGUUAUUUUAGUGGUAAAUGAAGAGUCGCAGUUACCUUAAAGUUUCCAUAGUGGUGACUCCCUGAGAGUUAAACGAACCAAGUUCUGUUUCUCUAGAUCACAUAAAAAAUUAAUGCAUGAUCAGUGAUGUUGAGUUUUAUGUACUCAUCAGGUAAAAUUUUGAUGCCCAGUCCAACAUCAUUUGAGCCUCAGUCCAAACACCAAUGAUUAAUUUUUACUGUAGUAUUUGUGUGAAAAUACUUAUUAUUAUUGGUUACUUCUGGGCCUCUUUUUCUGUAAGAUUGCUCUCUUGAGUAACUUACUAACUAGGUUUUAUUACGCUACAUGUAUAUUACAUAAAAGGAUAUUCUUCAAAAUCAUCUCCAUGUCAAGUCAACAAUUGUUUGUAUGUUUCCUUAUUGUUUAUCUAUGUAGGGACAUCGGAUGGCACACAGACACACCUUAAUGACCCUACUGGAGGUCACUGCAAUGACACACAAAAAGGAAUAUUUAUGAAAAUUGAAGUCUAUGUCUGCAAAAAAAGUAAUCUAACUUAUACAGGUAUUGUUCAAUGACUACAGUGUAAUUAAAAGAAGUGCUGAAGUACAGCGUAGACAUACUGUACACGUACAUGCCAUGUUAACUACAUGUAAAAAGCUUUGAAGAAAAAACUUCAAGGUGAAGUUGAUGCCCCAGUAACUGCUUUUGAAGCUAGUUGAGCUGUUUUGUGGUCACAGUCUGACUGUAGGCUGCCAAAACGUCCCAUAAUGCCAUUUUAAAGUUUGUGCUCUUUGCAGCAUUUUGUUACAGAUUUAAAAUAUCAGCCUCUGAAGUUUGGGCAUGUGUUGAAAGCAAAAUUUUGGAAGAGUUUUUGUGUUUAAAAGUGACACAGCAGUCUCGGCUUUUACCUUUUGCUUUCUCUCCUUCCCUCUUCUUUCCGCUUCUUUGCCCAUUUUCUUGUUAUUUGCUGGGCAUUUACUAGGCUUUCUCAUUCUGGUGGAACACUUCUAUGGAAAAGCUUUUAGGAUCAUAGGAUUUGGUGGAAGGAAGUGCGGGUGGGUAAUGGAACAAGAUUUUUGUUAGAAUUUUUGGGUCAACUUUUCAUGGUGUUUGAACUUUUCUUUGGUCUACUUGAUUGAAUUGUGCUCAUUCUGGCAUGGUCUGAAGGAUCUCUUCCUCCUGCACAAAUAAGAAGACAAAGUUUUCCUCGACCGUUAAGACUGAUGGUAUAACAAGUGGUACAACCCUCGCUGGUCUGCACGGACGGUUACAUGCGGUUGAGGGGCGAAUGGGUUAAGAAGGUUGUCCGGAGGGUCAUGAGUUUUUUUUUCCGAUGUUAGUAAUCUAUCUUAUUGAGAGUCAAGUAAAGGGACCAACUCUAGGUGUCUGUUUUAUCGAGGUGUUCAUCUUAUAGAAGUGUCCGUUAAGCCUUUAUGUCCCAAGAUCCAACUACUAAUUCUCCAGACUGAUCUCCAUACAUUUCUUUUAAGAAUAAUUGAGAGAAUUUUGGUUUAAGAUCAAAGCGUUCUCCCUUUGGUAAUCAAUUAAGUAAUUCUUAUAACCAGUACUCUUGAUGAUCUGCUGAUGUUGUUAGGAGAAAGUUGAUGUUGGUCACUAUUGGGACUUAAAGGGUUAAGAGAGAGUCGACUGUAAAUAAAUUCUUUAAAACAAUUUUUCCAGAUGAAGACUGUCCAGAAGAAGAUGUGGGUGUCCUGAAAUGUCGUGAUAAUCCAACUCCAACAACAGUCCUUCCUACAACAGUUCUGCCAACAACAACAACUUCAUCAUCAUCAUCAUCAUCAUUCAUGUCAUCAGCAAUAUCACCAACCAGAAUCACUACUCAGGCACCUUUUACACAAGCUGCACACACAUCUACAGCCAGUACAGUGGAAGUUAGCAGCGUAAGUGAACAAAACUCAGUCACAGAAUCGACAAAAGCAACAUCCACAAAGCUAGACAGCAAUCGUUCGGGACAGGUUGCUGAGCAAAGGGGUGAUGACGGCAUGGAGACAGGUACGAAAAUCAACAAGUGUUGUUAUAGCAGUUUGUUGAUUCUUAUUUACACAGACUUUUUUACUUUUGUAUAAAUAACGAUCCCGGUUGUCGUGUGUGUUUUUGAGCAUUAUUUCUGUACAGUUCUAUAUAUUGGUGUCUAACAGUUUCUUGGUUGUUUAGCCGAACGUUUUCCUUUUGAGGCCUUCGUACAAGUUGCUUUUUUCAAUGUUUAAAAGCCUCGUGCAUCAACAUCCAAAAUUUUCUUUGUACAUACAUGUAACACUUCCAUGUGAACUGCAUAAGUCUUCAUAAUUAUCAUAACUACUGCACAGGUUGUCGAAACGUAAGUCCCUGCCAACAUCAACAGUCCUACUCAGGACUACUGUACGUUCACCCGUACGAUCAUACUCAACCUUUUUAUGAAAUGACUCCUGGGUUCAAACCUUUCACAGGAUGUUCUAUCUUGCAGAUAUUUUCCAAAAAGCAGUCAACAUGCCUCAGAUGGCUUCUUGUUAUCUUAACGUAGUAAUUUACCUACUUUAUUUUUCGUCGUCGCCAGCCUUCUAAAAAUGUCCAACUAUUUUCUCAAGCUUUACGCAACAAAAACAGCUGUGCUGGCGGCUUUGUUUGGCGUCGUUCUUCCAAUAAUUUUUUUAGUUAACGGACGAUCAUUGCGUUGGACUCGUAUUCCGACAGUCCCGGCUCCGAGUCCCGCUCUGGCCACCAGCUGGAUUUGUUCUCGGUUUUCCCGAGUUCAAAUUUUCGGCGGAUCUUCGGCCACGCGUAAAUUGUAAAUAGCCAACUGGUUUCACAAACAGCCAUUAUGUUGAAUGAGUGAUAUCAGGGAUGACACCCACAGGUUUUACAGUUCUUAACUAUUCAAAAUUGUUUUCCACCAACAGAGUUAAAACGUUGGAGGACUUGGGGAAUUGUCGCCCUGGUUUUGCUUCUUACAUGUUCCGUGGUGAUUAUAGCUCUACUCCUCCGUCUCUACUCGUGCAGGUAGGUUCUUCUUCACCUUCAUCUAUUCACAACCUCAUUAAUAAUUCAUAAAGAAAAUACAAAAGAAGUUAAUGUGUAAUGAAUGUUUGGAAAUCAGAUGAAAAACUGCUCAUUAGAGAGAUUCACGUUUACGCCAAACGGCACGCGUGAAUUUGUACGUGACCAAGUUUUCCCCUUAUUUUUCGUUUACUGUUUAUUGCUUCUACACAAAAAUAAGUAGUUUUAUGCCAGUUCUAUCCACAAGAAUCGUUCUGGGCAGUUUUUAUCUGGUUAUUUUCUAUUCUGAGAAAUUCUCAACUGACGUUAAAACAAGGUAUUGAUAGGCAAAACUGAAAAGGAGUAGCACAGACUCCAAUUAGAAAAUUUUCAAUGAAACUGUUUAGCCUAAAGGUUUUUCAAUGUUUAUCUGUUUUCUAUGUAGUUUCAAAUAAAAGGUUAAUCUUAAUCUCUCUGUUUUUACAUCCUUAAUAUCAAGCAUUCGACAGAGUGUUUCAUCACGUGAUGAAUCACCUAAAAGUUCGUCUAAAAUACUCCGCUGCGCGUUGUAUUUUCAACUCUCUUCUCGCUGUUUCAUCUGAUGAUGAAACACCGCGUCUCAUGCUUGAUAUAUUACUUAACUGGCUUGCAGUUUGUAUAUAAGCGGCGUGAUACCGAGUGACCCCUUGCAGACACCCACUAUUACUCGGUCAAAAGUAAAGUAAAGUAAAUUAAAACUUUAUUUCAACAGGCUGGCCCAAUCAGCUCAAAGCGCUGGUCUCCACAGGGGCUCUGCGUCCUAAAAACUACUUUUCAUUAAGAAUUUAAAAAUACAUUUUAAAAGCCGAAAAUACGGGGUGUCCCAAAAGUUCGUUCCUCUAAUUUCAUGUGCUAUAACUUUUGAUCAAAACUUUAUUUUUACAUGAAAUUUCUGGAAAUUUUUUAUUGCUCUAUCGAGUAAAUGUAUUCAGAGGAUCAGUGACCGGCAUGUCCCCACUCCCCCUAUGUAUUUUAUCACAUUCUGUAACCGUUGCGGCAUGGAGGGAUGAGUCAUGUAGCGUGCAGAGGGUAGAGCCCCAGAUGAUCCAUUUUGAGUUUUCUUUAUCGUCUGGUACGCAGUAGGCACCUUUCCCCCCAGACAGUAUCAUUUUUUUUUAUUAAGCAGUUGAAAAAGUUAUUUUUGGCAUUCAUUCAAAAAAAGGUAAUCAUCCCAGCCUCUUUACACUGUAAGGCUUUAGUACUUCUUUACAAAUUUGAGAGGAGAUGAACGUUGCUUGGCGGACUGAGUAGAGGUUUUGUUUUGCCAUCCAACCUUCGUUUCUCAUGAACCAGCUCUAGACUUAACUUGUAGACUGUUGUGAGAUUUACCUCGUCAAAUUUCCUCUCUUUAACCUAGCCUCCUUUAAAAAUAUUUUAGCUGCUUUAUUCAGGACUUUCGGUCUUCCCUUUGUUUCUUGUCUUCAAAACUUCUCCAUGACCAUUGUACUACCCAACAUUCGGAUUUUGGCAAUUCUUUAUCAAUUUCUUAAACUGAUAAGCCAGUAAAUCGACUUAAACAUGUUUAUACUCUCACGUAGCUGAGCGUUUUUGCAUUAACAGGGUUUAUCCUUCAUGAUCUUCACAAAAAAAAACACGGAAGGAAUUCACUAGCAAUUCGGGUCACUAAAUACACAAAGUAUGUGGCGGGAAAAUAUACUCGCGCACGCGCACCUUUGGCGCGAGAGUACACAAAUCGAAUAUUCGAGUCGAAAGAUGGCACAAAAAGUAUGAAAUAUUAAAUUAGAUUGAAAGACACAACUUUGUUUAAAUGAUUUGCUUAUCCAGUCCAAUCGCACUGAAUUACAGAGAGGCUCAUAAAGUAGAGGAACGAACUUUUGGGUAGUCUGUAACCUGAGAUCAGGCCCAAUUUGAGCGGUUCUCAUACAUUCUCUCUAAUCGCCUUGCCCGCCGGAAUGUAAUUUUCAAAGCGAAACGAAAAUAGAGCCUGAUCUCAUGUUAGGUAGUCUGCUACACAGCCGUUUUUAGAGUCGUCACGCAACACUCCUCCCCACUAGUGGGGAGGAGCGUUGCGUGACGACUCUAAAAACGGCUGUGUAGCAGACUAACUUUUGGGAGACCCCGUUCAAUCAUAGCAUAAAAUAUUUUAACAGUAUCCUUAAAAGCCCCAAAAUAUAUGCAAAAAUUCCACGGUACAUGUACAUUUUAAAAAUCCCUAUAAUACUAUAAGAUUUCAAGGAAACGUCAUUAAAAGUUACCAAAAAAAUGCCUUGCUCGGCGGCGGAAAGUCUGUAUGCUCUCAGUGUUUGCUGUGUUUAACGGGAGUUCAUUGAGAAUUUUUGUGCCACUAAAAGUAAAGACCCUUCUCCCAUAUUGAUAGUCAAGUUAAACCUUUUGUAGAGAUAGCCCAAAGGCCGGUUUUCACUAGCGACGGAGAAUUGUAAGCGGAGUCGGAAGAGGGCCCAUGAUCGUGUGAGAAUAAAAAAUUGGAGUCCUAAGCGCAGUUAUAAGCGCGACGGAAUCGGAGUCGGAAGAAUCAGAACGUUUCCAUUUCCUUCCGACUCCGCUUACGAUCCCGUCGUUUAUUUAGUGAAUACGAGAUUGUCGGAGUCGGAAGCAGAAUCAGAACGAUAAACCAAUGACAAAGCACGUUUUCACGCUGUGUGAUUGGUUUAGGUCUUCUGCUUUUGCUUGCGACUCUGGCAGCGUAGUUUUCACUAGAUCGUAAGCGACGGAGUUAUAAGCGGAAUCAGAACGCUAUUUUUACGAGAUCAUAAUGUCCUGCGCUUCUGAUUAUGACUCCGACUCCGUCGCCAGUGAAAACCAGCCUUAAUACUGUGCCUCGUAGUGUACUUAUGAAUGUUCGAAAAAUUUAGUCAAAUAAUAUGGUAAAAAAAGCUGGAACAAAUGCAUUAUUGGACAGAGGAAAACAAGUUCAUCCCUGUGGUAACAGGUCUGCAAGAAAGAGUCGGCCGAUGACUUCGCGGGACUGAAGAGAGCGGACGACCCUGGAAGGAAAUUGGAGAGAAACGAGACAAAAAGGCACUUUCCUUCUCCACUCGCCUUCUUCCCCUUUUUCUUAUUCACUCGCAUGUAACAUGUUCGCCCACGGGCGACUAAAGCCUGCGUGAAAGAGACGUUUGCCCGCAGGUUAGCGCGAUAAUCGCCGGGGCGUGAGAGACUGCUGCCAGUUUAUAGCAAAACUGCGUGUAGGAAUAUUUAUACAUCCAGACUAAGUAAAUUGUUUGACUAGCUUCACACAUGCAAGAUUUGACCUGUGUCUCUGUGUGUUUUUCCGUAGAAAAAAGAAGAAUCGUCCUGGUAUAAUAACACAGCCAGAAAAAAGCGAAAAAAAUCCUGCUUCGAGACAAGAAUCGGUUGGGGGCGUGAGCAACCGUGGUUUUGUGUCCAGUUUAGUAUUUAACGAUUCUGGCGACAAUGGCAAAACUGUACUCCCUUUUAACGGUUUUCAAACGUUCUAUGAACUGCCCAAUGAAACAUCCUCAACCGGCAGCAUGGAGAUGGACGGGAAAAAGCCUGUUCCUCACGGCAGUAUUGUUAUUGAGAACAAGGAAGGACACUAUGAUAAUCUGGGGAGCCUCUACGAAGUGCCAGAGGUGGAGGAAAAAAAGCCUUACCAGGACGGUAGUGUUGUGAUUGAGAAUAAGGAUGUACAUUUUGCUAAAAACGGACAAAUCAAUCAGGGAGUCGCAAUUGACGUUUAGAUUUGUACUGUAAACUGUUCACGUCUCCCUCUUUUCUUGCAUUUAUCUCUGAGCUGAAAGAAACGCGAAAGAACUGGAGGGGUGGAGUUCAUAAAGCGUUCGCAAGCACGCUCCUUGACAUCAUCUCAUUGCGCUACGUGCUUGUGCCCAUCUCGCUUCAUUUCUGGCAUGGUUCUUUGGAUUGAAAGAAAAAAGAGAGGGACUGUGAGCAGGCUAAACACAUGUACAGCAGCUGAAAAUAACUGUAAAUCGCAAAAUUUUGUAGAUAUCGUUACUAAUUAUUUUCGACAAGAAAAUUUCUCAACUAGGAGUUGUAUAAGACACCUUACUGUUAAUAAUGUUCAAUCACAUCAGUAAAGCAAAGUUUUUCAAGACAGGCAGGUAGCUGAUAUUAAAGUCAUGCCGACCCGCUGAUUUAGCACCUUAGUAUGUUUCAGGUGAUCCGCGUUAUAAGUCACCCUCUCCAGGAGUAUUGCGUGAAGAGAUAAAAACGGUGGCGUGGGAGACCUCCGUGUUAGCGGUGGAUUGUACUUUUAAAAGUUUACAUUUCAAGCUCUGAUCCUUCCCUGUAAGAAAUGAGAAAAACCCAGCUUUUAAAUCCUUUGAAAAUUAAGGGAAGAGGAGUUAUUUCUGUACAUACUUACCCAAUCUCUUUAGAAGUGUAUUUCAAUUCAGUUCAGAUAUUAUGGGUUGCGAAGGGAAAAGUGAAAUAAUUUGACGUGGAAUAGGAUGCGACAAGAGAGGUCUUGGAUGUAAAGUUUACAUGUGCAGGCUCAUUUUUAACACAUCCAAUAUUUUUCAGAUUAAUGCGUAUCAAACAAUUGUUUGUCUUACGCUCUCCACAGGGGCACCCAACGAGAAUAUAGUUCAAAACCACUUAAACAUGGCAUUGUUAAACGUAUUUUAGUAUUUAAACGGUAGAUAUAGGCAUAUUUUUAUCCCCUAAAACUUCUUCAUGUGUUCGGAUUUCCUAGCUGAAAGUCUAGUGAUCCGAAAACUAUAGUGAUCAGAACUUACCGUUUCGAAAAUUUCAGCCACAUAAAAGGCUCCCGAAAAUUCUAGGUGACCUUUUUAGGAUAAAAAUACGUUAAAAAUUGGCAAUUAUACCAUUUUUUAGAUUUUCGAAAAUCCUAGGAGAGGCAAGCAAGCAAGAAAUUUAACAACAAAUGUUCCAAAAAUUCUAGAUCUCAAAUCGUCUUCCGAACAGGUAUUUUCCGAAAAUGGACGUUGGGUGCCCCUGGCUGGAAUUUCCUUGCCUUUUUUAUUCGAAGAAGCUUUUUAUCGGUUCUGAUUAGUUAUUUGCUUGUUUGUUUGUUUGUUUGUUUGCUUUUUUUUACAUACAAUUAUUAUUUUGUGUCGUGUGUGGAAUGUUAUGCUAUGUUUCGCUGUCGAAUACUUGUGCUGACCUGACACCUACUGAUUUCUAGCCUGUGUCUUCAAUAUGCGAGUUUUGGUGUGGGAGAUGUAUAUCGUAGAGAUUCUGUGUUUUUUUUCUUUCUCCCUUCAAAGAGUGCAGAGAAGAUUUGAUCGUCUUUGCCUCGGCGAAUGAUUCUUUUCAAGUUGAAACGGUUGAUAUGUCUUUCAUUUUUCUAUUUCAUUUUAUAUUGAACAUGAUCUUCGUGACGUGCUUUGAAGCGUCAAAAAAUUUUCCAUGAAAGGAAUCGUAACCUGAGUGUGUUCAUGAAUCUAAGAAUAGAACUACUUACAAAGAGAAGUAUUGAUAUUUGAUAGAAUUAUUUUAUAACGAAUUAAAAAUUUUAUUACCGCAUGCACGAGUGAGUUUAGCAAACUUGUUUUAGCCAAAACAGUCGUACAUUUUGUAAAAUAAGUGGUAGUAAAAACACUUCAAUAAAACGUGAGUGAAUCCGUUCAAGGUGUACAUAAGCUUACAUACCUAACGGUAGUUUAUAUUUAUUUCACAUUUAUUGAAGUCCCUUCUUUUCAAGCCUAGUCUUUCCAUGAACCAACAUCAAACUUUUAUCAUAAUUGUUUAAUUUCUUUGCAAUUUUGACUGGAGAUACUAAGAGAAAGGACCUAGUACUUCGUAUUUCCUGCAGCUUGAAAAGCGCAGCCUUAUGCACCUAUCAAUGUAAGCCCCG